AUUGUUAUCAGGCGUGCAUUUGACAUUUUCUGAAAAUGGAGAAUUUAUUCUGUCUUAUUAUAUGUCUGUUCCUCAGCGCAACUGGGAAAUACACAAAUAAUAAGCCUCCACAUGGACACAGAAGUGGCGUGGAUUCAAAUUGUGCAUUAACUAAGAAAGCAGCAAUCAAACAGCCUGGAUGGCAUGUGGAACACAACAAAACUGUAUACUCCCUUGGUGUAAUCUUAAGGAACAGUUCUUUAGAAAAUGUCAGAUGUUUUGCUGAGUUUCAAACUUCAUCAACCAAGAGAACUAAUAGGAACCAACAUAUGGCUGAAAUACCAUGUUCAUAUGUGUCCGUUAAUUCCUGUGCAGCAACAGAAAAUCAAGUAAAGUUGACGAUUAUGUUUCCUCCUGAUUUUAGAAAAAAACACCAAAGUGAUUUUAAAGGUUCACUUGUGAGAACAUGCAGAGCUGCUAACGGUAGCCUAGCACCUGGCAUUGUAUUGGUGAAGUCAAUGGUUUCAAUGAGAGGAAGAAAUGGGACCAAACAGCAAAAUCGGACCAGGACCGUUACCAGCAUUUACAAGCCAAUACAACAUACAAAGAGCUUGGAGAAAGUAACCUGUCUGAUAAAUCUUCCAACAUCUAAUGCACCUACAGAACUGAUUUUAGGAUGUCCUUUUGUCAUUGCAAUUAAAAAAAACAAGCAUAUUGUUCAGGGGAAGAAAAGGAAAUUUAACUUCAACAUUACGGACAGCGAGCAAAUCAUUGAGUUUAAGAUAACUGGUUUUGUGGAUCAAAUUAACUUAAUCUGCUCAAAACAAAAUGAUUCACUUCCUGAAGGCGUUGAACUGAUCGAAAAUAAGCUCAAAUUUAAAGCACCUCUGAAAGAAUAUUAUGCUGGAAUGUAUAUGUGCGAAGCAUCUUAUCAACACUGGACAAAGAAAACACAUUGGGAAAUUGAGAUCACUCCAGCUAAAAACCAAUGGCUUCCUACAAAAACUGUUCUACCAGCAUUAUGUAUUAUCUUCGCAGCCAGUGUUUGUUUCUGCUGUGUUUUGAGAUGGCACAGAAGAAAGAAGCUGGUUGUUAUUCCCAAGCAAUAUUCAAUUCAAAACAUUGGAUACCAGGCCACCAGAGAUGCCCAUCACUGCAUUAAAACACGACAGGAUGUUGAAGGUGGUGUCAGCAGAGUUACUAUACUACAGGAUUCCCAAAGAAAUACUGGCCCUGCAAAUAUAACUCAGGGGUCGAUGGGUCAUGCUGAUGGCACCAAUGUGUUCCAAGUUGCUAAGGAGGAUGGUGAUACAUCUGAAGAUUCCAAACAGCAUGUUAAAAGUCCCAAGCUUGAUGCGAACGAUAAGGAGCCGAUAGUUUAAACAAGUCUGGUAAUGGUGUUGGCUCCAUUUUCUUUAGCCAAAAAAAGCCAAUGUGCCAAUUUUAUAGUUUGUUGGCCCCAAGUCCAUAUGGAAAAAGAAGUAAAUUUAUCUCCGAAUUCAAAGUGAAUCACUCUUGCUCACCUACAACCAGGUAGUUCCAUAUUGGGAGUUUUAGAAUGGAAAUCGGGAGAUAAGAAGGAACAUUAUUCCUGACUCUGUGGGUGUGGAGUGUCUUGCACCUUGGGACACUGAAGGAACCAGGAGAAUCAUUUUAUUAUUGCUUAUUUUAUUAGUUAUUUUUCCUCCAUGAAGUCUCCAACAGUCGGGCUAAUCUGUGAACUACUCUAUCUCAUCAGUAAAUAUCAUUCUAUAAUUGCCCCCUGGGGUGAUUUCCCUCUAGCUUUACUUAGAUUUACUUUGAAUAAAAAAUCAAAAUACA